UGUAUUAUUUUAAUUACGUGUCCAGGUAUCCCCAUGGCCAUGACGUCAGCAUGGGCCCAUAAGUGGAUCUGGGGGGACGCUAUGUGUGACUUUGAGGCGUUCCUGGUCUACUUCCUGGGACUGGCCUCCAUGUACGUGCUGAUGGCCAUCGCCUUUGACCGCUACAUCGCCAUCAGCAAGCCGCUCCUGGGCACGAAGAUCACCAAGCCGUUAGCCUACAUGUCAUGUGGUGAGUGGAUCACUUAAUGGGGACCUCAUCUUCGUUCUUUCAUAGUGUGCCGAAAAUAAGCAGUCUUCUUUUCUUUUCUUUUUUUUUAAUCUCACAAUUUCUAGAAUUAUAUUUACAGAUUAUGAUUAAAUCACAGUGCUCAGAGAUGCAAUUCAAAUAUAUCUAUCAGAUUUUUGCACGUAAUUUGGUUUUUUUGCAAAUGUCCAAGGAUUUGCAUUUUGGGUAGAGCUCUAAGUUAAUAUAACACAUUUUUUUCUGACCAAUCACAAUCCCAUCACAUGCUAAAACAAACCUAAAUUGAUCGUGUGCCCUUAAGAUAUAGAAGAAGAAGAAGAAACUAAGUUCCUGUUUCUUAUGUAGACAUUCUAUCCUAUGGUGUCUACACUAAUUAUGAGAGGCCUUGGACUGCGAUAAAAACAUUUAAGUACACUAAUAAUGAAGCACAAACAGUGUGUGUCAAUAAAAUAAUACAUUGUUGAGUGUAAUCAUGAUUAUACAAUAUACACAUCAAAAAGUUUCGUCAUGGUGUGCACGAAGUGUACAAUUGAUGAACACUCCGCUGUUAUUUCGCCUUUCACGCAAAUUAAUUUGACUUCCCUUUACAUAAUCGUAAAGAGGGUGUUGGUUAAAACAAUUAAAUGUCAUUGUUCUUGUUUACGCGGGCCGGGGGGGGGUUGGUGAGUGGGUUUGUUGUUGUUGUUUUUUUUUGGUGGGUGGGGCGGGUUAAUACAGAUAAUUAAAUAUUUUAAGUCAAAACUUUAAAUGAUUUUCUUCUUCUUGAUUAUUGAUAUUAUUUUAAACAAAUAAAAUAUCCGUAGACAUUUUGCUUAUCUAUAACGAUUUCUUGUUCGUGUUCCUCUCUUGACUCUAACUUCUCUUAGCGGCGAUGUACUUCCUUGGAUUCAUCUGGGCCAUACCGCCCGCGUUCGGCUGGAACGAGUACGCCCUCGAGGGUGCCGGAAUCUCCUGCAGUGUGGUGUGGGAGAAUCCUGACCCGGUGUACAUGAGCUACAUCUGGGCGAUCUUCGUUUUCUGUUUCAUCAUCCCACUAGGGGUCAUGAUCUACUCCUACUGGGGAGUACUAGCUACGGUGAGUGGAGUAAGGGGUCAUGAUCUACUCCUACUGGGGAGUCCUGGCUACGGUGAGUGGAUAGGGAGUCCUAGCUACGGUAAGUGGGUUGGGGAGUACUAGCUACGGUACGUGGAGUAGGGGGUCAUGAUCUACUCCUACUGGGGAGUCUUAGCUACGGUAAGUGGAUAGGGGAGUCCUAGCUACGGUAAGUUGAUAGGGAGUCCUAGCUACGGUAAGUGGAGUAGGGGUCAUGAUCUACUCCUACUGGGGAGUCCUAGCUACGGUGAGUGGAGUAGGGAGUCAUGAUCUACUCCUACUGGGGAGUCCUAGCUACGGUAAGUGGAGUAGGGAGUCAAGAUCUACUCCUACUGGGGAGUCCUAGCUACGGUAAGAGGAUAGGGAGUCCUAGCUACUUUAAGGGGAUAGGGAGUCCCAGCUACGGUAAGUAGAGUGGGGAGUCCUAGCUGCGGUAAGUGGAUAGGGGAGUCCUAGCUACGGUAAGUGGAUAGGGAGUACUAGCUACGGUAAGUGGAUUGGGGAGUACUAGCUACGGUAAGUGGUUAGGGAGUCCUAGCUACGGUAUAUGGAUAGAGAGUCCUAGGUACGGUAAGUGGAGUGGGGGAGUCAUAGCUACAGUAAGUGGAUAGGGGAGUCUUAGCUAUAGUAAGUGGAUUGGGGAGUCCUAGCUACGGUAAGUGGAUUGGGGAGUUUUAGCUACGGUAAGUGAAUUGGGGAGUCCUAGCUUGGGUAAGUGGAUUGGGGAGUCCUAGCUCCGGUAAGGGGAUUGGGGAGUCUUAGCUACGGUAAGUGAAUUGGGGAGUCUUAGCUACGGUAAGUGAAUGGGGAGUCCUAGCUAUAGUAAAGGGCUUGGGGAGUACUACCUACAGUAAGUGGAUUGGAGAGUCCUAGCUACGGUAAGGGGAUUGGGGAGUCCUAGCUAUAGUAAGUGGAUCGGAGAGUCCUAACUACGGUAGGUGGAUGGGAGAGUCCUAGCUACGGUAAGUGGAUUGGAGAGUCCUAGCUACGGUAGGUGGAUUGGAGAGUCCUAGCUAUGGUAGGUGGAUUGGAGAGUCCUAGCUACGGUAGGUGGAUUGGAGAGUCCUAGCUGCGGUAGGUGGAUAGGGCCCUGAAUAAACUGAGACAGCGUCGUGAUCUUUUCCUACUGGGAGGGUAAGUGGAUUGGGAAGUCCUAGCUAGGGUAAAUGGAUUGGAAUUCCUAGCUAGGAUAAGAGAAAUGGGUCCAAAGGUUGCGGGCAAGAGUUGGCUGUGGUUAGUAAUAAGUAGAUAGGAUAAUUGAUUCUAUAGCUUCUUGGUACCUCAGUUUAUUGUUACUAAUGACAUAUAAGAACAAGGUAGGCUAGACGUGAACGAGAGUUGACCACGGUUAGUAAUAAGUAGGUUGGAUAAUUGAAUGUGUGUGUGGCCUAUUGGUGUCAUAACAAGCGGCUACUCGGCCAUAUCCUCCUGUAGAGAAGGUUUACGACUUAUCUUUGUGUCCAGCGCCAUUGCUCGAGUCUCGGAUAAUUAAGGGGCUCCAAAGUUGUGAUAUGAGAAAACAAUUAACUGAUCCACUUUGAAUACUGAGAACUUCCUACAGAAAAGGGGCAGUGGGAUUUCGGGGGGUGGGAGGGGGGCCAGGAGAGCUCCAAAUGUUACUUGAUUGAUACACCCCUGAAAGACAUUUACAAGUGUAGAUUUAAUAUAAAGGAUCAAUAAUUAAGGACUGGGUGAAUGAAGUAGUAGGACAAGGUAUGUGGAAUCUUGAAUCAAUGGAAAGGACAGUAAGAUAUGAACGAUUUUGGCUAAGAGCUUCCCUCGACAGACAGGACAAAUGGAAAAUGUGACAAUAUAUGUUUACUGAGACGUUAAAUUGAGACAAGUCAACAUGUAAACUGAACUCAACGCUUUUUUUGCCUCUGCAUAAGAUUCCUGAAUAAAGAGACGAUCUUAAUAGAGAUAAUAUCUGUUUCCUGUCAUGCCAGUGCAUUCGAACUUUCCACCUGCGAAUGUCUCGUUGUUAGAAUUAUCUUUCCAAUUUUGUUUUUGUUUUAAUGACUGGGGGGGGGGAGUGGGAGGGGGGAGGGAUUCUAGGGUCAAUGAACUUGCUUGUUGUCACUUUUCAUGAUUUCACGUCACACUAACUUUUUUUCUUUCUUUUUUUUUUUCCUCAUCCCCUCUGUCAUCAUACACGACGUCAGUCGCACGAGAGCGGCCAUUUUGUGUGUGUCAAAACGUAUCAAAGGAAACAAACAUCUGCGUUACUAACGUCUUUCUCUUCUCCACUUCUUUAAAUCGUUUUUUAGAGACAUUCAGACAUCUUUCAGAAUCACAUCAGUAUUCAAAAAAAAAAAAAAAAAAAAAAAAAAAAAAAAAAAAAUUCUUUUUUCGCGGGGCCCUUAGGAGACAAAGGCUCAAGGCCCCCUGGUUGUGUGAGGGCCUCCUCGGGCUUUAGGAUAAUCCGGCACUGGUCACAUCAUUUAAAUACGAAAGCUCUUUUCUAUUUCAAGCGCUUCCAUGUCUCCUCUCAAGUGCUUUAUUUUUAAAAAAAACAUUUUUUGGGGUUUUUUUUUUGUAGCCAUUAAAUGUGUGUGUACGUUCUUGAAAUAUUUAUAGGACAGAGAAACCUUUUUAUUAUUAAAAUAAUUUAGAAGCAGUUUUGUCUUUUAUACUAAAGUUAUGCCUCCUUGAAUUCUGAUGCAGACGACCGAAAAAAAAAAGUUAAUUUAAGAAACGUGAUUCUCUGAUACGUUAGCUCACGUUUUAAUGGUAAAUGUCUAGAAAAUUAAUCUCAGAUUUUAUCAUGAUUUUUUCCUAAAGUUUUAUCAGAAUAUUUUUGUUUAGAACUCUUUAAGAUUUUCUCAAAUAUCAAGUAUGACAUCAUCAAGAUCACUUAGUAUUUGUGUAAAUUAUUGAAAGCAAUUAAUAUAUUUGUUCUCACCUUUACGUUCGCCAUAUUGAAAAAAAUCAACUUAAAAGGGUUACAACAGAACAAUUCUCUUCGAGAGUUUUAACAGGAUUCGAACUGUUUCUUUCACAGCUGAGGAACCUGAAUAAAAAUUCAGUGUGGGACAUGAACAGUCGCGUGGCCAAGAAAAAUCUGGCCAUCGAGAGGAAAAUGUUCAAAACUGCUGUACUUAUUGUGGGUAUGUGUGUUUUGUUCAAAUACUGCCCUCAAACUCUCUGUCUUUCUCUCUCUUACUCUCUCGCUUUCUCUUACUCUCUCUCUCUCACUCUCUCUACCUCUUUCUAACGCUAUCUUUCUCUCUCUCACUCCCCCUCUCUCUCACCCUCUCUCUCACUUCUCUCUCUCUCACGCUAUUUCUCUCCCUCUCUCAUUCUCUUUCUCUCUCACUUACUCUCCCUCUGUCUCACCCUCUUAUUCUAUCUCGCUCUCUCUCUCUUACUCUCUCGCUCUCUCUCUUACUCUCCAUCUCUUUCUCUUUAACUCACUGUUUCUCCCUUACUCUCUCUCUUACUCUCUCUCUCUCUCUUUCACUACCUCUGCAAUUCUGAUAACUGUCAUAUCACGAAGGCAACGCUGGCCAAUGCAUUGCCCUCAACUUUAAAAUAAUCCAAUCAGAAAAUUUCUGGACCUCAGAAAAUUCGUUCGCUUACGUCACAGAAGAAAACAUUUUUUUUUCUAUAUACACAACAUCACGUGACCACACCCUUAAGUCAGCAGUUAGGUUUUCAUCAUUUUAAUCAAAUUGACGCAGCUACAAAAUGAGGGCGGCCAUAGAACGGUCAAGUCUUCAAUCUUAAUGGAAAAAAUUUGUUAUGAUUUAAUUUUUUAAAAAACAACAAAAAAAAACAUCCCACAAGAGCAUUAGAAAUAAAAUGUGUAUACACUUUGUAGAAUAAGAAUGUUACUAAAACAGGGGUUCUUAACCUUUUUACUGUGUCGCACCCCCUCUCGAUUAUAUUGCUCCCCCCAACCCCCCCAAAAAAAAUAUUUAAAAAAAACGGGAAAAAAAAGAUAACAAAUUUUAUCUAAUAAACUGAAUAUCUGGGUCUUUCUUCACCCCGAUGACACUGGUUGAGAACCCUUGAGCUAAAAUAUAGAUUGUAAAUAAAACAUCUCAGCCCCAGGAGAGUACAUAAUAAAAUCAAUGUCGAUACACAUCACCAUCAUGUGUAAGAGCCUCGAUCUGGCUUUCUGUUUCAGUUAGCUUUUGGGUGUGCUGGAUGCCCUACACCAUCGUCUCCUUCAUAUCCGCCUUUGCCGGGAGUGAGAUCCUGCCUCCGCUGUUGGCCACGAUACCACCGGUCAUAGCCAAAUGUCAAGGUCAGUGUCCCCCGUCGCUGGCGUAA